UUGUGUACAGCUAUUUGGGCCAAUAAGAUUUCAUAUUCACCUCUGCUGCUGUCUGUGUAAUUUUGCUCUCACUUCAAAUUUUUUGAGAAAGCCAAAAAAAUACUGAUCUUGAAAGCUAACUGAGAAUGGCAAAUCUUAAAUCUCCUAAAUUCUCGAUCCUUUAUGUUUUUCAGUUAUUAUGGUUGGUGCAAAUCCAAGUUUGGUCUUACCAAUUCAAGGUCGGAGAUUUAAGUGCUUGGGGAAUUCCCACUUCAUCCAACCCAAAAGUCUACUAUUUUUGGUCCAAAUACCACACCUUCAAGAUUGGAGAUUCUCUCAUGUUCUUGUACCCACCAAGUCAAGAUUCAGUGGUUCAGGUGACAGAACAAAACUACAACUCGUGUAACCUGAAAGAUCCAAUCUUGUACAUGAACAAUGGCAAUUCUUUGUUUAACAUAACCACAGAAGGACAUUUUUACUUCACCAGUGGAAACCCAGGCCACUGUGAAAAGAAGCAGAAGCUUAUUAUAUCUGUCGGAAAUGUAUCGGAUACUUCUGCAUCUGACGGUCCUAGUGGAAUGCCCGACAAUGCCGACGCACCCUCGUACUCGAAUGUUUUUGGAUCGAUGCCAUUAUCACAACAUUCUUCUUCUGCAUCAACUUAUAAAUUUUCAAUGUUCUUAUCUGUGUUCAUCGGCGCAGUUAUUUCUGCUCUGAUCGGUGGUAACAUGUGAAGGGCUGAUACUGCAGUGCUUUUCAUAGUAUUUUAUAUUGUUUGUUUCAAAGGAAAGUGGAUUGUAUUGUAUUGAUUUAUUAUAUAUAAAGUUUUGGUUUUUGUGAUUCUUUUCAGUAAUUCAAGAGAAUAAAAAAAUGGAGUAAAAUUUUCCCUA